AUGGCAGAGUUGAAGCAUUUCUCCCACGAAUGUACGUUGACCUUGCCGGAGAUGGUCGGUGACGAUGUCUGCAACAUUUGCUUGAAAGAUGGACCUGUCGCGUUCUCCUGUAGCCGUUGCAAUUUCGAUAUAUGUGAAGCUUGCUCUGAACUGCCAGAGAAAGUCUCACAUGAUUUCCACCCUGAGCACCCUUUGGAGUUCUUCCUUCGCCAAUACGACCGCAAACCGGGCCACGUCAUCUGCUCAGGGUGUGGGGACAUGUGUUCCGGAUCCUUUUACGAGUGCAAAGAGUGUGAGAUCUAUCUUGAUCUGGGAUGUGCGCUCAUGGAGAACAUCUUCAGACCAGGACCAGAUGCCAAAACUUCUUCUUCUUCUUGCCUUUUCUGCGAGCUUCCCCUCUCUCCCUCUUCCAUAUGUUACGGUUGUGUUCACUGUUACUCGUUUGUUCACGAGCGCUGCUUCCAUCUUCCGAAAGAGAUUCAACAUCCCGCGCAUCUUGAAUACCCUCUUAGACGACUCGAUUACACACAAGUUCUUGGUGAUGGAAGAGUUUGCGAUGCUUGCAACGUCAGCAUCGUUGGCAUACCGUUUAGUUGCGGAGAGUGUGCUUUUGAUCUACACCUCAGGUGUGCAGAUUCCUUGUUGCGAGGCCUUGUGCACAAGUCUCAUCACCACAAGUUGUUUUACAAAUCUACUGAUGGUGAAAAUUAUUUUCUUGACGGUCGAUGUAAAAUGUGCAAGAAGGAAGGUGUGAUCUAUGAAGACUCGUUUUACUGCAUGCAAUGUGAUUGGCUGGGUCAUUUCGAAUGUCUUGAGAUACUUGAGUCUGUGCUAAAGCAGAAAUUUCACAUUCACCCACUCGUGUGCAGUAAAUUCUUAGCGGAAGAUGAUUUUAUGGAGUAUUGUGGCGUUUGUGAGACAAUGGUACACAGAGGACAUCAUGUUUAUUCUUGCCAAGAAUGCGAUUUUCUUGGCCACAUUGAAUGCAUUCUACGCGAGGUUGUGCCUUCCCCAUUGUACUUGAAAGAUCUGUAUUCUUGUGGUAAAGUUAUCACGAGAUCAACUAAUCAACAAGACUCUGAAACCAACGAACUAGAAAACAAACUAAUGGUUAAUGGACUCGACUAUAUUCAUGUGAUGAUAUCUGUUGGCAUGGACGAAUAUGAAAAUUGCGACAUGUGUAAUGAAGCAAUAAGUGUUAAUGGCUGGAGAUGCCAGACCUGCGGUUUCCAUGCACAUCACUACUGUGGAGAGCUGGUUGUUGUCUCGAGGUCAUAUCGUGUUGCUUGCACUCUUUGUAAUCGGACGCUCGGCGGAAAAGUUGUGUCAUGUAUGGACUGUGGAGAGAUAUAUCAUUCUCGGUGUAUUGAACUUGGGAGACAAAAACUAGUUGGUCAUCCACUUCAUGCUGAGCACAUGCUUAAACUAGAUCUUCAACGUGGAAGCAAUUGCGUUGCCUGCAAACUGAAGAUGUCCAAGUAUGGCUUUAAUUGCUAUAAAUGCGAUAUCAGUUUCCAUAUUGAAUGCAUCGAGGCGGCGGCGAGUACAGCAGAAUAUACCAAGUCUCACAAGCACUAUCUAUAUAAAUUUUGGAGCAAUGAUUCGUCGUUGACUCGACCGUGUAGAGUUUGCAAUAGGCCUUGUGGUGCAUCGUUCUACGGCUGUAUUUUCUGUAGCUUUAAGGCUCAUGGAGAGUGUAUUGGGCAUCCAGAGAAAGUGAAGAGUCAACAACAUCGACACACUGUCGACCUAACUUGGUCCAGGGUCAGGACAUGUUUUCUGUGUGGAUUAGAACGCUAUGCUGAAAUGUAUUUAUGCAGACACUGUGAGGUCUUCUUUCACAAGGAAUGCUUAAUAUCCAUGGAUACCCGUGAAGCAGCAACAGAAGAGGAACAGCUUAUUGACAUCUAUCUUAUGUACUUAGAUUGCGAUAUGGUGAAAAAGAAGACAAUUUGUAGCAUACAUCACUCCAAAAGCUCCUUUUAG